AAAAAAAUAAAAAAAAUAUCAAGACAAGAGAGCUCCACCCACCUGGUCUCUCUGGAUACACCAACAACCCUAAUUUUCUCCGUCAAUUCCCCCUUUCUUUCUUUCUUUCAUUUUCAUUUUCACAUAAUAAUAAUCGUCUCUCUCAAUUCCUCUUCAUUUCAUCCCUUUCUUCUCAAUUUCCAACUUCACCUCUAUAUAUAUAUAUACCAUAGGGAUAUGGUGGGAAGAGGAGGCUCAUCGUUGGAUCGUAAGCGAAUCAACGAUGCCUUAGAUAAGCACUUAGAGAAGACCACUUCAUCUCCUUCAACUUCUAGGGUUUUCAAAGACAAACUCUCCGUACCUUCAACUUCUGCAGCUCCUGCUUCUGCUAAAUCCUUUCAACACCCUUCAUCCUCCGCCAAAACCAACGCCUCAGAUGAGGAAUCUGAAACAGACAGCGAGGAAUCUGACGUUAGUGGUUCCGACGAAGAGGAUACUUCUUGGAUUUCUUGGUUUUGCAACUUACGUGGAAAUGAAUUUUUCUGUGAAGUUGAUGAUGAUUACAUCCAAGACGAUUUUAAUUUAUGUGGAUUAAGCAGUCAAGUUCCUUACUUUGAUUAUGCCCUUGAUUUAAUUCUCGAUGUGGAGUCCUCUCAUGGAGAUAUGUUCACUGAGGAGCAGAACGAACUUGUUGAAUCAGCAGCGGAGAUGUUGUACGGCUUGAUACAUGUGCGGUACAUAUUAACUACCAAGGGACUUUCUGCGAUGUUGGAUAAAUACAAAAACUAUGACUUUGGACGGUGUCCAAGAGUUUAUUGCUGUGGUCAACCUUGCCUUCCCGUUGGUCAAGCGGACAUACCGCGUUCAAGUACCGUGAAAAUUUAUUGUCCCAAGUGUGAAGACAUCUACUACCCUCGAUCUAAAUACCAAGGCAAUAUUGAUGGUGCUUAUUUUGGCACCACUUUCCCUCACUUGUUCUUGAUGACUUAUGGCCACCUGAAGCCACAAAAAGCAACUCAAAAUUACGUCCCGAGAGUAUUUGGUUUCAAGCUCCAUAAACCGUGAUAGUGGGUCCCGCCUACCAGACCCUAUUGCCCGAUCUUUGAUUCUACACACGGUUCCAUCAAGCCAGGUUGGUUAAAUUACAGAUUUGUCGAGUAAAAGGCAGAAACUUGAUUAUUUGGCAAAUAGGGAUGUUUUCUGGCCUGUCUAUUUUUGAGCAAAAACUUGUGUUGGGAAAGUACUUGAGAACAUGUUAACAUAGUAGUUGCAAGUCAACUUUUUAUUUUCUUUUUUAUUUUUUAUAAUUGGUUUGGAAAUUUAUAUGGAAAUUCACGUGGCCUUGUAGUAAACUAGUAGUUGUACUUUGUUACGGACUUGCUAACUUUGGACGGGUUAUUUAAAAGACAUGUUCAGUGCCGAUUAUGAUAUAUUUCGGUUCUAAACAUGGGCACUAAUUCUGAAACUA